GUGGUCCCGCGCCCCGCGGCCUGACCUCCCGGAACGCCGGGUCCCGUGACGUCACCUCGCCGUGACGCGCACGCUGUAGGAAAACUGAUUAAUUAAAAGGAUUUGCCGUAUAUCUUAUGACUCUUUACUGGAGCUGUGGGAGAUAGAUGGAUGCCCCUUUCCAGUUAAUUCCCCGCCUUCCUCCCCCGGAGGCAACCAUUUUUUGACUUCUAUCACCAUGGAUUCCUUUUGGCAUACCUCAGAAUUUUGUGGGUUCAGUUCUAGACCACCACAAUAAAGUGAAUAUCACAAGAAAGGAAGUUACUAUUCAAGUCAAACACAUCAGAAUGCAGAAUUCUUUAUCAGUAUCACCAAAAGAUCAAGGAGAUGUUUCCGUGCUCACCAGUCCUGAGAAGCAGCUGAAACAGAAAAUGUCAGACUCUCCUGGAAAGACAGUGUGCACAGGUGAAUCAAACAUCCCUUCCGGAACAAUUCAGAGUGGGAAAGGUUUGCAGAAUAAGAGUCAGUUUAGGACCAUCGCACCAAAAAUUGUGCCCAAAGUUGUAACAUCCAGAGUGCUGUCAUGCCAUUCGCCGUCACUCUCUGAUCAGGUGAAUCCAGGACCUUCCAUCAGCUCUAAGCCCCUGGGGAUGCCCACCCAGAAUUAUGCUCUAAUGCAGGUUUCUGGCCAGGAGGGGACGUUUUCUCUUGUUGCUUUGCCGCAUGUUGCAUCAGCUCAGCCAAUCCAGAAACCCAGACUGCCCCUUCCUGAAAACCUUAAACUGCCUAUUCCUCGAUACCAACCCCCAAGAAAUAACAAAGGAUCAAGAAAAAAUCCCAUUCUGAGCUCCUCUGAGAGUGGCUGUAACAAACCUCCUGCCCAAACCCAAGCGCCCCCUUCCCCACCUGACCGUCCUGAACCCCCGCACGAGCACAGUCAGUCCAAGCCAGUGCCAGCACUAGACCACGCCCCAGCCAUCGUCAGCACGGCUGCGCUGACCAACGGAGGUGGCCACGGGGACUCUCAACUUCCAGGGACCAACGACCAUGGAGAUCCGAACCCUCCUGCUACCCCAACAUUGUCCACACGAGAGGAGCCCUCAGCCAAGCAGGGCCUCACGAAGGUUUCGGGGAAAGCAAAUUUUGCCAACAAGAAAACAUCCAGUAAACCUUCUGCUGUUGCCAGUGAAAAACUGAAAGAACAAGUUGAUCUUGCAAAAGCCAUGACCAAUUUAUCACCAGCCAUUUUUGGCAAUGCAGUUCAGUUGAUCUCUUCAGUCCCCAAAGGGAAACUGCCAAUCUUACCCUACUCAAGAAUGAAGACAACGGAGGUUUACAAAAGUGAAUCAGAUGUGAGCAUCGCAGAUUUUUCUUUCCCUGGGCUCAGGGCAGACUGUGAUAAGACAGCUUCCAUUGCAGAAGGCUUGAAUGCAGCCCCCAAAAUGGCCAACAAGAUAGUUGUUCCACAGGUGUUGAAGCAGAGUCCUUGUGAAAGUGCCUUUUUUCUGGCCACCAAACUCGAUCUCAACCACAGAACAAAACUCAACAGUGGGGUAGCAAAGAGAAGAGGAAGAAAACGAAAGGUACCAGAUGAAAUUUUGGCACUUCAGGGAAAAAGGAGGAAGGGUAUCAUUAAUAAGUGUAAAGAUGGUAAAGAAAGAGUAAAAAACGAUCCCCAAGAAUCCAGAGAUCAAAAACCUGGGACUAUGAAAAAAUACCGUAGCAUUAUGCCUAAACCUGUCAUUGUCAUGCCUGCUCUGGCUCCCCUGGCUUCUCCUGCAGCUACGUUGGAAUCCCAAACGCUCAGCAGAACAGGACAGGACGUUUUGUUAAAUAAUUCACUCACUCCUAAAUAUCUCGGCUGUAAGCAGGAUGACAGCCCUUCCCCUAAGGCCGGCUCUGUGUUCCGCAGUGGAUUCUCUGGCAUUAAGAAGCCUUGGCACAGGUGCCACGUCUGUAACCACCACUUCCAGUUCAAACAGCACCUUCGAGACCACAUGAAUACACACACCAACAGACGGCCUUACAGUUGUCGGAUUUGUCGCAAGGCGUACGUACGUUCUGGCAGCCUGAGCACACAUAUGAAACUCCAUCACAGUGAGAACCGGCUGAAGAAACUCGUGUGCUGUGAAUUUUGUGCAAAAGUGUUUGGUCACGUCAGAGUCUAUUUUGGCCAUCUAAAAGAAGUGCAUAGAGUUGUCAUCAGCACCGAGCCCUCCUCCAGUGAACCGCAGCCAGGGGACGUGCCAAAGAACAGAGAUGUGAAUGUGCGAGGGCUGGAGGGCUCAGUGGAGAGGGAAAACAAGUCAAACCUGGAAGAAGACCUCCUUCUAAACCAGGCAGACGAAGUCAAGUUACAAAUCAAAUGUGGCCGCUGUCAGAUCACUGCUCAGUCUUUUGCUGAAAUCAAGUUUCAUUUGCUUUAUGUUCACGGAGAGGAAAUUCAGGGCAGGCUACAAGAGGAGGUCUCACUAGGAAGUAAAGGAGCCCAGGAAGAACUGGUUAAGCAUGCUGCCCCUCACUGGAGACAGCGUCCUGCCAGAAGAGAACUGGCCGCGCACUGUCCCUCUGACGAGCAAUUACAGGCACUGCCUAAACUGAAAAAGCAGCUCGACCUUCAUCACCAGAGUGACGUGGAAAUACUCAGGAAAAAUGAAGGCGGCCAGCCGGGACCGAGGGAGCCGAGGGAAGAGGCCCAGGGCCCUGAGUGUCCCGGCCCCCACCCCGUUCUCCUUCGGUCCCAGUCGGGCCUUCACUGCAUCCUUUGUGCACAGACUCUGGGAAGGAAAGAGGAACUCCUCCUCCACUGGGAACAACAGCACAAUUGUGAGGACCCUCCCAAACUCUGGACGAUUUUAAAUGCACUUUCUAACCAGGGAGUGAGGGAACUUUCCACUGAAACUGGAAAAUGAAACAUUGGGGCAAGAGGGAGGUUAAAGAGUUUUGAGAUCACCUUUCUCUCGAAGCUUUGUGAUUUAUGGUGGUGCUUAAUUAUAAAAUUCAAACAAGUCAAGAUCAGCACUAAUGAGCAGAAGUGAUGUUUGUACAUAGUUUUAUUUUCUUAUGAAAUAUAUCUAUGCUCUUGAUAUUUUUCUAACCAUAUGCAGUUUAUUUUAAAAUUCUGUGUACUGUUAAUGUCUUAGACUUUAUUUCAGAAUAAAUAUGUAAAAAGAUCAAAAUUUGGGAGAUUGAAAUAUAAAGGAUUCUAGGCUGUUCCUCAAAUAGUUUUCAGUAAAAACGUGUGUUUGAGUGUGUGUGUGUCCUUUUUGUUCAAAUGUUUUCUGUUUAAGUAGAUCGACAAAUGUGAUAAAUUUCCAGGUGACAAAACCAUUUCAGUCUCAACCAUAGUAUAUUGAUAUUUAUCAAAUUCUCUGCUUUAUUUGAAUAUGCUUUAGAGCAGUAUAUGUAAUAAGGUUCUAUUCCACCAUAAUUUAAAAUCUAUGUUUUCAGGACUUAACGUUUUUUAAAAUUUUAUUUUCAUAAAUGCACAUUGCCUUGAAGACUAGAUGUUAGUAAGUCUUAUAGCUGUAGUGUUUCAUAUCACAGUAAUCAAAAAUUCUUUAGUACUUCAGCUAAUAAAAAUAUCUACUUCUUUGGUAAAAAGUUAUUUUCAAAUAGUCUUUUGGGCCAGAAAAUUUACAACCUGGAAAGUGCACUAGAUAGUUCAGUCCAGAUGUCUAGGUGUCUCAACUACUUUCCCUCCCUCCCAAGGAACUUCAGUGGGUUGUUGAUAGCUGAUCAAUUUUAGAUGCAACUGUGCCUUUCAAGCCCAGGUUCUCUUUGAAAGUCAAAAGUAAAUGAUUGCCUCUCAAAUUCCUGGGAAAUUACCUCGAAGCAGAAAAGUUGCUAUUUGACGUUUCUGGCCAUCCUGGCUGCAAAAUCGUUUUCUUAGAACAGGGGAGUUACACAGUCAUCCUACUAAAGUUUCAGCCUUUGGAUGAAAGCACUGUGUAUGUGGCCAGCUCUGUUUGCCUGAAGCUAGGACCAGGUCUCAUCAUAACAUUUUACUGUGCUAAACGAAGUUAACCUAAACAGAGGAAGAACUAAAUUGUAAUUGAUAAGCUAGUGGGUCUUAAGUCAUCUUUUUUAGUGUCUAGUUUUAGAAGCAAGUGUUCAUAGGCACGAUCUGGCUCAAAUAGUACAAAAAGGGAAGACUGAAUCCUUGGCUUUUUACAAAUUGUUUUAUAAAUUUGAGAAUAAGAGGGUAAGGAUAGAAAUUUCUGAAAGACUUUGCCGUGGUUUAUCAACUGAUCACAUUUUAUCCUGUUUCAAAGAGACAACAUCAGACCUCCACUGUUUGGUAUUUUUAGAAUUGGGUUAGUAAUAAAACAGCUUUACCAUUCAGUGCAGUACCCAGUUUGGGGAAGAUUGGUCUUGAGGACAUUAAAAAAUGACACCAAGAAUACUACUUUAAUUCAAACUAUAAAAUAAUUCAUAGACCACUCAGUCCUCAGAUGCUAAGCAGUAUUUCUGAAAUAGUGGCCAGGUGGGAAAGGGGAGAGGAGUGG